CUGUCUCCUGGCCAUUCAUUGGCCCCACUAUUAGAGAGUGAUGGGGAGAGCAGGCAGGGGAGAAGAGGCCAGAGGAGAGAGAGAGAACGUGUUAUAGAGACAGAGAGGGAUAGAGAGAGUGUUGAAGAGAGAGAGAGGGGGAAACAGAGACAGAAAGUGGGGGAGAGAGACAGAGAGAGAAAGAGACAGAGAGAAAGAGAGAGAGAGACAGGCAGAGAGAGAGAGAGAGAGAGACAGAAAGAUAGAGAGAGAGAGGACAGAGAGAGAUAGAGAGAGAGGAAGGGAGAGAAAGAAAGAAAGAGACAUAGAGAGAGAGGAAGGGAGAGAGGCAGAGACAGAGACAGAGACAGAGACAGAGACAGAGAGAACAGGAGAAAGAAGUAAACUAGAGGAAAACCAAAACAGUCCAAAACAGUCUGCUGAGGAUAGUCGCUUGGCAAGAUACUGUCCCUCACAGUCAACAGCUGAGAGCACUUUAGUGAUAGAGAGCCUUUCCUUAGUGGGAAGUCAGUGGGCUUCCAGGGGCCCCAAAUCAGCAAAAGGAUGAAUCCAUGGGUUCCUGUUCCAAGGCUGGGUCUUGGUUUAAAAUAGGACACAACUCACUGAGAAAGAAGUUGGAGAGCCAUGAGUAGCCCAUAUUUCCCAGCCCGGACAGUGCUGUUUGAGAGGGAGGAAGGUGGAGUGACCUAUAGGAUACCUGCCCUGCUCUACAUGCCCAACAGGGCCAUUCUGCUGGCCUUUGCAGAGGAGAGGCUCAGCCCUGAUGACUCCCAUGCAAACGUGCUGGUCCUGAGAAGGGGGGCCUUCGACAGGACCUAUGUGGAGUGGGGAGACAUGCGCGUCCUGAAGACGGCAUCACUGGAGGAUCAUCGGUCCAUGAACCCCUGCCCUGUGUACGAUGAGCUCACGGGCACCGUCUUCCUCUUCUUUAUCGCUGUGCUGGGCAACACCCCGGAAUCCUUCCAGAUUAUGACUGGCAAGAAUGCAGCCCGCCUUUGCUAUGUGACCAGUUCAGAUGGAGGCCUCACCUGGAGUGCUGUUGCUGACCUCACAGAGCAGGUCAUUGGCUCUGUUAUAGAAGACUGGGCUACCUUUGCUCUGGGUCCGGGCCAUGGUAUACAGCUGAGGUCAGGACGCCUGCUUGUUCCUGCUUACACUUACCAUAUCGACUGCAAGGAGUGCUUUGGAAAAAUCUGCAAGACCACCCCUCACUCCUUCACAUUCUACAGUGACGACCAUGGUCAGAGCUGGCAAUUUGGGGACUUCAUCCCCAACCUGAAAACUGGGGAGUGCCAGCUGGCAUCUGUGUAUGAAGAAGAUGGCAGCAAUAUCCUUUAUUGCAAUGCCAGGAGCCCCCUGGGCUGCCGGGUGCAGGCACUCAGCAUGGAUGAUGGGGCUGCUUUUCUCCCAGGACAGCUGGUCCGGAAGUUAGCAGAGAGCAACCGUGGUUGCCAUGGCAGCAUCGUUGGGUUCCCAGCUCCUCUCAUUAGGAACUCCUCUCAAUUUCUGUCACCGGGGAGAAGAUGGCUUGUUGGUGGCUGUGACUAUUCCCAUUUCCUACAAAAGCUUCAUAGAUUCCAGAAGCACAAGGGAAAGGGUGUUGGAAAUAUCCCAGUUGCCUUGAUAAAGAGUGCACCCCAGGGCCACCCACAAGAGAAGAGCUCUGAAGAAUGUCUGCUCUCUGCUGGUGAGGGCAAUCCAGGCCAGACUGCCCCAGGAGCCCUCUCUCAGCUUUCCACCUCAUUUCAGACCCCCACUUGGGUAUUAUAUUGCCACCCAACUAGUCACAGGUCUCGGGUAAACCUGGGAGUCUACCUGAGUACUUUCCCCAGAAAUGCUGAUAGCUGGACAGAGCCUUGGGUGAUUUACGAAGGGCCCAGUGCAUACUCUGAUCUGGCAGCUAUUGAGUUACCCUUUGCAGAGCCAGCAGCAACGCCAGGGAUUCCAGCCAUCACUUUUGCCUGCCUCUACGAAAGUGGGGCCAGAUAUGCAUAUGAGGAGAUCUCUUUUUGUCUGUUCACACUCUCUGAAGUUAUUGAGAAUAUACCCACAAAGGUUAGCUCGUUGAGUCAGAGUUGCCAAGGAGGAAGCAAGAACCAUUGGAAAAACUGUGUGACCUCCUGAAUAUUCUUCCCUCAUUAUUCGGGAAGGGAAGAGAGCCUUGUAUACUUAGAAGAGUCUCAGUAGGAGCCUGAUAGAAAUACCCUAACACCACAGAAAGGUUCUUGUCAUUUGGUAACAUAUCACCAGCUUUCAGUGGACAUUCAUUGAGGCAGGAACACAGUUUAAUGUUUUAAACUGAUACUUUAUGGCUUCAAGAUAAACAUAGGACUAGCUCCUUUAGGAAUUUGGAUUGCAUCGCUUACCUGGAAGGAGCAUCCUUGAAUGAAUGAAUGAAUGAAAUUGUUUAUGUUGUUUUUUUUUAAUUGGAGGACUCUAUUUUCUGACUAACUUCAUUCCUAAGUUCUUCUCUCAUGAUAUUUAUUUCUCCUUUGAGCUAUCCUGAAAGUUUCCAUCACGUCUGGUUACUGCACAGGGUUUUGUCUUUUAUCAGGCACCCUUUUUCUUUGUUUUGUAAUAUUUGCUAAUUGUACUUGGAGUUCUCUUUAGGUUUUUAUUCAUUUUGUUCCUUUAUUUUAGUACAGUUUUUGUUGGUUUAUCUGCUGAUAUCCCAGGUUUUCCUUGAGUUUUUUCUCUUGAUAUUUCUAUAAUCUUUUCCCCUGUAUUCCUUAUCUCUCACUCGCGGGCCCCUCUUCUUUCAUUAGUGCUGGAGGUUCCAGACAAUGGUCUACUUGGCUGCAGAGCUACCUUAAUUUUUCUCAGAAGAAGGAUAGUUGGUUCACUUGCCUGGGUCCUUCUCCAGAGUUACCAGCACCAUCUCAGCUUGCUUUCCACUCGCUUUUCCCUCGGGCCCAACAUAGCUAUCCAUCAUGGUUCAUUUCAGACUAGUUUUUUCUUCAUGUGACUAGACAGAAUCAGCCACUUCUUUAGCUCUAGGGGUUUGAAAGGCUUUGUGUAUUUGGGCAGGGAUGAUGCCAUUUUGGGGUCCCUACCUCAGUGCUAAGCUCCUGGUGCAAGCCUGAGGCUGGCUCAUGGAGGUGGAUGGGUGGCAUAUUUAAUAAACACGCUAAGUAUUAUAGUUCUCUGCUGGCAAUGAAUAGGGUUUCCAGCUUGAUCAUAGUGGUUCUUUUAUUUUACCUUAUAAUUAAGCUCUAGAAAUUCUACAAUCUGUUCAUAAUUUAUUUGGAAGUUAAAGGGUUAAGGGAUUUGCAGAUAAUUACUAAUCUACCAUCUUGCUGGCCAUAUGUCUCAUUCCUGAAUGAGUGAAGCAGGGACCAUAAAGGUAUCCACGUUUGGAUUUCAGGGACCUUGUCAAAGAAGAGAUCUGGCACUGUUACUUGUAGGAGAAACACCAAAAACCAUUUUAUGUAUUAUGAGAAUAUCAGCGAAGCCAUUAACAUCUUUGUUUUAAAGACCAGGCAGUGUAUGGAUGAGGUCACAAGCCAAACAAGUAAAUAUUUAAGAAAAGCAGGAGCUAAAUUAGUGACCACAACCUUGGGAAUGUUUUCUGUUUGAACACUCACUCUUGGUUAUUAUCCAACAUGGAGCCUGGUGGCCAUUAUCUACCAAUUGCUAGGAGAGUCUCUUCCUUUUCUCAAUGAGUUCAGUGCCUGGUUCCUUCUCCUCUACCUCUCCAGCUCAAUUCCUGGCAUCAUUGUAGGGGACUUUUAGGGCCCUUAAAUACUUGAGAUGCCCAAUUUGCCAGUCCUUCUGAGAGACAGAUGAGGAUGAUCGUGCCCUUGGUCUUGCCUUCACCCACAAGUUUCCCUUCUGCCUUCAAGAAUUUGAAAAUCUCUCGAUCCAGUCAGAGUUUCUCUAAUUCCAUCUCUUCCUGUGCUUUCUUACGCAUAAACUGAUUCUUCAUUUUCACCGGGCCUUCCAGGUCUUCCCCGCCUCUGGUCUUUCUGUUUGUUGACUCUCCUUAUCCCUCCACCAGGGUCCCAUAGGAAGCAGUUCAACUUUGCAUUGUGCUACUGUAGUACAUUGUGUACCACAUCCACAUGUACGUACAGUACAUCCCUUGCCCUCUCACCUCAUCAUGUCAGGCUUUGUCAAGCUUCAAGUCUGAAUUGCUCCCACCAUCAGCCUCCAUCUCUCUCUUUUUAAACCCCUACCUUCUGUCUUAGGAUGGAUAUAAGUAUUGUUCCAAGGCAAAAGAGUGGUAAGGACUAGGCAAUUGAGGUUAAGUGACUCAUCCAGCUAGACAGCUGGGAAGUGUCUGAGGCCAAAUUCCAAUCCAGGUUCUCCCCACCCCAGACCUGGUGCUCUAUCUGCUGAGCCCCCUAGUGGCUCUUCCUCCUUCACUCUUCCUCUUGCUUUGAAUAGAGGUGGGGGGAAAUCAUAAAACACCUUAGAAUGAGUCCACGACAUAUUUAUAUUAUCUAAUCUCACCGGGACCCUCAUUGCCUGAAUUGUUUUAGAUCUUUAUAGGCAUGUGCUGCCUACCCAAUUAGAAUGGAAGCGUUCUAAAGUCAGGGACUAUUUCCCAUUUUCCUCUGUAUCCUUGGGCUUAAUUAGCACAAAACCCAAGGGCUUAAUAAAUUUGUUUCAGUUGAUGGAUUGGCUGUCUUCACUGGGUGAUUUUCUCAGGGUAGCCAAGAGCCCUGAUCCUGUCUUAGGCUUCUUCCAGAUAGAAAUACAAUUCAGAAGAAGGCAGGGCGGUCCCACUCUUUUCUCCCUUUAUCACACUAUCUCCGGAAAGUCCCAUCCAUUUCUGGGCAUCACAAUUUGAGAAGGACAUUGGUAAUCUGGAGAGAAUUUCAGGCAGAAUGACCAAAGGAUGAGGUGAUGGGACACCAUACCACAUGAGAUAUUAAAGGAAGUGGAGAUGUUUAGUCUGGAGAAGAGAAGAACUAGUGGGCACACAAAAGCUGCCUUCCAGCAUUAGAGGUCUGCCAUGUGGGAGAAGAAUUAGAUUUGUGCUGCUUGACCCUAGAGGGCGGGACUUGGACCAGUGGAUGGAAGUCAGAUAUUGAUUUGAUGCCAGCAAAAAUUCCUAACCAAUAGAGAUACUCCAAAGUGGCAUGGGCUAUCUGAGCAGCUGGCAGACUCUCUCUCCUUGGGGCUCUCCCAAUGAAGGCUGGAUGACCAUUUGUUGGACACAUUGUAGAAAGGAUUCUCAUUUAGAUAAGGGUUGGAUUAGAGGACCUCAAGAUGCUAACAGAACUGAGAUUCUACUUUCUGUCAGUGAGUCAGAUUGCUUUAUGUACUAUUUACAAAAUAAACAAUUCUAUUUUCCCUAAGCAUCUAGGGUAAGAA